AUCGUCUUUUCAUAUCCCAACUAGCUAAGCUUUGCUCAGCACCAUGACAGUAUACCCAUCUAGCUGGAGACGUCUUGACGUGGGCGUGGUUGGUGGAGGAAUCGGGGGCCUAGCGGCAGCAUUAUCCCUUCGUCGUGCCGGGCACACUGUCACCAUCUACGAGCGCUCUGACUAUACAAAGGAUACUGGGGCGUCCAUCAGCUGCCCCGCGAAUGGAACAAAAUGGCUGCAGGAAUGGGGUGUCGAUAUCACGAAGGGAAACCCUAUUCUGAUCCAGCGACAGAUACGCCGUAAGCUGGAGACUGGAGAAGUUCAGGAUGUUCUUGACCUGGACGACUAUAUUGAGAAAUGGGGACAUGAAUAUUACAACUUCUACCGUGCCGACAUGCAUGCAAUGUUGGUGGAUGCCGCCACCGGCCCUGGAGCUGGGGAGCCUGCUACACUACUGAGGAACCACUCUUGCCAGUCCAUGGACUCUGAGAGGGGUAUCAUUUCUUUUAGCAAUGGAGUUUCUGUUCGGCAUAACUUGGUUAUUGGCGCUGAUGGCAUUGGGUCCUCUGUCCGUCGGUCCUUUGGAAUUGUCCCUGAGCGCAAGCGAGCCACUUCCAUGUGUUACCACUGCGUGUUGAAGACGUCCGAGAUACACCGGCUAGGGCUCUCUGAAAUGGCUCGUAGCAACACUCUCGAAUACUGGGGAAACGGGUUACAUAAAAUCGUCUACUCCGCCUGCCAUGGAGGUAGCAUGAUAUCGUUCUUUAUCUUUUUCCCUCUAUCAAUUGAGGAGGCAAAGCAGGAUCUCGAGACUUGGGAUGCUCGUGGCACACACGAACAGGUCCUCCGCCCAUUUCCUAAUUUGGAUCCUAAGCUUCGAACAUUGAUUUCCAACGCCGUCGAUAUCAGCCCGUGGCGAUUGUUUGAGCAUUCCCCAUACCCUUGCUGGUACAAGGGCCAGACCUGCCUGCUUGGAGAUGCGGCCCAUCCCAUGAUGCCUGACCAAAGUCAGGGCGCUUGCCAGGCCAUGGAGGACGCAGCGGCCCUUGGUAUAAUCUUUUCCAACGCAUUCGGUUUUACGUUGGACGUCCAAGCCGGGCUAGAGGUCUACGAGCAAGUGCGCAAGCCUCGUGCCAGUAAAGUUCAAGCAGCCAGUGCCCGGGCCCGCAACAACCUCUCUGAGCGUAUAGGGUUUUCCAGCCGAACGGAGAGUAAACUGUACCAUGUUGCCGAUGAGAGCAAGAAAUUGACUAUCGAGGAGAUCAAUGGCUACAACAUGAGAGAUCAUGUGAAAUCAGUGGCUCCUAUUCAAUAUCGAUACCCCAACUAAGCGCAUAUCGCCAUAUCUAUAGAUACUAGGGCUUCUUCCACGGCCAUGGGUUGAAUUCGCCUACUUUCAGGUCCCGGCUAAUGGCAUGCUUGCCCUCUUUUCAAUUCUCGCACCCGUCAUUGCAGGGUCAUGAAAUAGUUAAUGUAAACUGGGUACAGCUUCGACUGCAGUAACAUCUGUGACAGUGGCAUAUCCAAUCCUCCAUGUAUAGUUUCUCUGGCUGUAGCGGAGAUAGCAGCGCUGUACUCCAGAAAUCCAUGCUCUCAAUGUAGGAAACGGUCAUAGGGACCUGACGCAAUCCACUUAGAGCACCAGGGUGCAGCAUCUUUGUCGGAGCAACCAAGAAUAGAAAAUACGCCGCGCAGCUCUCCACGG